CGAUCUAUCUUUUUUACUAUAUAAUAUUCUGAAAAAUCCAAAAGUUAUUGCCAAGAUUCAUAAAGAAAUCGAUGAAGUUUUUGGUCCUGAUCCAACCAUUGAAUUAACUUUUGAAAAACUCGAAAAUUGUCAUUAUAUUGAUGCAUUGAUUAAAGAAUCAUUGCGUCAUACUCCCUUAGUUCCAUUGACUGUAAUAACUUCUGAAGAUGAAGAAAAUGUUGCUGGAUAUAACUAA